AUGAAUCCAGUGACAGACGUGGUUGCCAUGUUGUUGGAAACGCCGUUUCCACAUUGGAAGCCUGAUAGUAAAAAGGAUUUACUAAAAGUCGGUAAACCAAUUCCGAUUUUGUCAGUGUUAGUUCCUGACAAAAAACAAACUAAGGUAUUCUGUAGAUCAUUUAAUCCAAAUUUAUAUCAACAACACUCUUGGUUAUGUGGUAGUCAUUAUAUGCAAAAAUUAUUUUGUUGGCCGUGUUUGUUAAUAGGUAAAAAUAAGUCUGUUUGGAAUACUGUUGGGUAUUGUGAUUUAAAAAAUGUAUCCAGGACGAUACAAAUACAUAAAUCAUCAAAAGAUCAUAUUCAGAAUCAUUUAGGAUUAAAAAGUCUAGAAAAAGAUAUUUUUAAUAUAGUAGAUAUUGUUAAUGAGCAUGAUUAUUUGUUUAAAAAAAAUUAUAAUGAAAACGUGAGAUUGAAUCGUUUAUUUAUGGAGCAUUUAAUCGAUUUGGUUUUAUUUUUGGGAAACCAAGAGUUAGCAUUUUGUGAUCAUGAUAAUAGCAAUGAUUCAUUAAAUAAAGGGAAUUUUAGAGAGUUGUUUGAUAUGCAUAUUAAUAGGUGUUCUCAUGAAGUACAAUAUCAUUACAAGAAUGAUACUACAGAUAUUAAUCAAGAAAUACAAUGUUCAGUUAUAAUUAGAUAUGUUACAGAUAAAUCUCAAUUAGUUGAACGUUUCAUGGGUUUUCAUGUUAGUGAAGACCGUACGGCUCAAGGUUUAUUAAAUUUGGUCAAUUCUGUUUUACAUGAGUUUGAUUUAAAAAAUAAAUUAAUUGCCCAAUGCUAUGAUGGGUCAUGUGUAAUGCCUGAGCAAUUAAUAGAUUUACAGGCUAUAAUCAAAGAAAUCGCACCUAAUGCUUUAUUUACCCACUGCCUACCUCAUAAAUUAAAUUUAGUAUUGCAACAUGGUUGUAGUAUUAAUACUAAAUGUCGUAUAUUUUUUGCUAAUCUAACUGGUAUCGCUGCUUAUUUUCACAAUUCCACCUCACAUACUAAUGUUGUAGUUAAUAUUUUAGGUAAACGAAAUCCUCAAUUCAUUCAAACUAGAUGGUUCUCACGGUCAAACAUUUUACAUUCAAUAGUUAAUGAUUGGCUUGGGUUUAUAAAUGUUUUUGAUUUUAUUAGCAAUGAUCCAAAAUCGUCGCCUGAAUCUAUUUGUGGUGCUAUAGGUCAUUUAAAAAAUUUAAAAUCUUUUGACUUUGCUUUUUUAGCGAAUGGACCUACCACUUAUAAAAAAUUGAGAAAUGAAUCAUUGAAACAACAUGUUGAUUAUUUGAAACAAUUAUUAGUCAUAAGCUCGGUACGAUAUAGUGAAAAAAAUAAUAAGGUGAUGAAUAUGAAUAGUCUUCCUGAAAAAUCAACUGAUCUCUCAGAAAAAAGUUUAAGAAGAUUGGAUUGA